AUGAACACUGAGAUAGAACCUCACAUACUGAAAAAAUUCGAGAUUAAAAAGAGAAUAGGAAAAGGGGCUUAUGGAAUUGUUUGGAAGGCAUUGAAUAGAAAAACCAAAGAGAUUAUUGCAUUAAAGAAAAUAUUUGAUGCAUUUCGUAAUCAAACUGAUGCACAGAGAACAUUCAGAGAAAUUGCGUUUCUCCAAAAUUUUGGCAAUCAUCCAAAUAUUGUACGUCUUUACAAUGUAAUACGUGCCAGUAGUGAUAAGGAUAUAUAUUUAGUAUUUGAAUUUAUGGAAACAGACUUACAUAAUGUAAUUAAAAAAGGCAAUAUACUCAAUGAUGUACAUAAACAAUACAUUAUGUAUCAAUUGCUCAAAGCGACUGCUUAUUUACACUCAGGUGAAGUUAUACACCGAGAUCAGAAGCCAUCAAAUGUUCUACUUGAUUCUUAUUGUUUAGUAAAAUUAUGCGAUUUUGGUUUGGCGCGUUCAUUGAAAGGUCGAAAUAAAUUUGAAAAUGGUAAUAAAAUUAAUUGUAAAACAUUAUUACCUGCAUUAACUGAAUAUGUUGCAACACGUUGGUAUCGUGCACCAGAAAUUCUUUUAGCUUGUCAUGAUUAUACUAAAGGUGUUGAUAUAUGGAGUUUAGGAUGUAUACUAGGUGAAAUGCUUCUUGGUACACCAUUAUUUCCUGGAACAUCUACAUUAGAUCAAAUUGAACGUAUAAUGGCUGGUUUGCCAAAACCUAAUGCAGAAGAUUUGGCCAGUGUAAAGAGUCCUUACAGUUCAUCAAUUUUACAAAAGGUGUGGGGUUAGAAUCUCAAUGGGGACAAAGUCACUCGCUAGAGUACAAGAUUAUACGGACGAUGAGUCUUAAAUGGGACGAAUCAUGCCUUCUGAGUUUCGCUGUUAGUUAACAAGUAAAUUUGAGAAUGGACUGGAUUUGAAAAUGCAAAUUAAGAUUAAGGAAUCAUUUUCAGACUUCCCAGAGUUGCAUAUAAUGUUUAGAUGAUUUCAGCAAACAAAAUUUAUG